AUGUCGUUACGGAAUUAUAUAGUUAACACUGGCACGGCCAGCCCUGCACGGAUCAAGAAUGCUUUGUCCACCCGAGAACUCGAAUCAGUAACGACAGUCGAGGGUCUUCGCGCUGUGGAGCGUCUAUCCUUUGUAUCCCUUCCCAGUGGAAAACUCUUGCUGAUGCUUAAUAGCUGCAGCGGAGCAGACGCACAUGAUUCAGCAAGACCCCCAUUGGAUGAACAGGUGUAUUUCGGAUGUGACAUAAACUUGCAGCGAGUAGAUCCAUCAGACAACUGGAACAGGUCGCAGAUCCAAUUGCUGAGCUCUACAGACCUCCCAGAAGUUCGGGGAGUGGGAUUGUGGGCAGAGGAGAAAAAUGGCUCAAUCGACAGAGUGAUAUUACUCCUUUGGAGUGCAACAUGCCCCACAAAAGAAGAAACAUGCAAAUGCAACAAAGAAGAUGGUUGCAAAAUUAUAUUUCAAGAGGAAAUAGAGCCCUCUUGCCUUUCAUCCUUCUAUGAAGGGAUGCUAGCACCCAACGGAGCUCGAAUCUGCCAAGGGACAGGCGCCACUGUCAGAGAAAGAAACGGCGAAUGCUAUGGCUACAGUUUGGAUGGCGGACAUGGCUGGGAAUGCAACUCUGUUCCUACAGCACCUACAAAAAUGAGUGCUGGCAACAUUUUCGUAUCGAGAUCAAGCGCAAAGGACGCCGCUGCCUGGCACGCCACAAAGGAGGAUGCCUGGGAACGUCAUGGAAUCCGUUUGGGUUCAUCUACUAGCGUGCCAUAUGGCUCCUUGCUUCUAGCAGAAUUCGAUGGAAACGGAGUCCUGCAGUGGAUCAGAACUGUAGCGGAUGAUGCAGUGGUACCAUAUAAGCAGGAGCAGCGCGCAUCUAUUGUUGGGGGUGAAAUUACUGGGAAUGCAGGGCUUAAACAGACUCAGUUUGCCGUCACUGUGGUGAGGGAAAGAUGGGAGAGAAAGGAGGAGAAAGUUAUUGUAACCCCUAACUGCGAAACACUUCUUUUGAAUAGUAUCGGCGAGCCAGAAAAGGAACAGCUGCAAAAGAGUGAAUGCGAGAGUUGCCUCUACUCAGUGGCCUCAAUACACCCGGAAACACGCAACUGGGCUUCCCUGUGCGUUAGCGGCAGAGGUCCCAUGCAAGGAAUAUCCAUCAAUGGCCGGCUUGCAGUGGAUAGCAUGGGCAGGUACCGAGCGGAGACUCAGCAAUCAGACCUCCCAGACGACUCGCUUUUGUAUUACAACGACACUGGAGCAAGACUGCUGCCUGUGGGCGGAGGCAAGUGGGUGCUAGUUUGGCGGGAAGUGUCUUGGAUCGAAUCAGAUAUAGAUGGCCUUAAUGCAAAAAGUGCAACUCUGAAGGCAGCGCUGUGGGUGGAUGAAAGUGGCCUUGGGGCUCCAGUUCCACUUCUGGGUCCUGUGUUGGAGCAGCGGCUAAUGAAUCCAGACGCCGUUUCGCUGUCCCUACACACUGCAGUGCUCACGGUAGCGAAUUACUUAGAUGAAGAAGCACUGGCAGCCACUGUGGACCUAUCAAAUGCAGGCGUCCCGGAACUUUCUGCUACAACUGCUGUCGCUGGCGUGUAUUGGGGUGCCCUGUUUGGUCAGACAUAUGGACAUCCUCUUCUGAGGCUCUCUGAUGCUAGUGCUCUUUGGUUAGGUUCGAUUAAAGAGAAUAAUUCGCCGUUCGUCGGGCCUUCGAUAUUGCUGCCGGACUGGACGCCGUCGGACACCUCAAGAGCUGUAGUCAUUUCGGUGGAGCAGGGUGAACAAGACUGCCAAGGACAGUCCGCGAACACAGGAUAG